CACACAUGUAAGCUAGCCUGCUAGCCAGUUAGCAUUUCUGUAUGGACAGCUGGCUGGCUCCUUGGGAUCACUUCGGCAACUUAUGAAUGCUCUCCACUUGUUCUAGUCGCAGAGAGUGGUCACUACAGUUCAGUAUUGUUUUUUUCUAAGCGGGGGGCUUCCCCCUUUGUUUUCCAUCGGCAUCCACAUGAGUAAUUGUUGAUUACAGUAUCAUGAAGGUAAACAAAAACACACAGGCUAAGCGUAAAUCUCAGAAGUGGAAUGAUGUUAGAGGCAAACGGUGCAGGCCUCCCAUCACUUCCUCUGAGCUCAACUCUAGUCCUGUCAUGGCCAAGGUGAUAAAGGAACACCAGGUGUCUGUGAAGAAAAAGCCCUCUGUCAAGAGACUGAAAAAUAAAGCAAAACCUGUCUCUGACCCCAAGAUAAUCCCUCCUCAGUCUGGAUCUAAGAAAUCAUACAGUCAGGCUAAUGGAAGUUCUGUGUUUAACUUGGACAAAGAGUCAGAUGACUCACAGGAAUGGAAGGAGUAUUCACAGUUAAUUCACAAGAAUGGUGUAGAGACCUCUGACGAUGUGGUGGAUGCCCGGCCCGGCAGACUGGAUGGAGAGGCUCUCCAUCUCUGUGCACAGAGAGAUGAUCAACAAAACCGUGCAGUGCUUGUUAUGCAGAAGAAUCAGACGCUGUGUUUCCGUGGGAAGUGUUUUUUGACCUGUCUGUAUGGUCGUGUAGAAGUGAUGGGAUUCACCAUUGAAGAAGGCCAGCAGUCGUACCCACUCUUCUCCCCGGCCUCACAUUGUCCACUGACCAUUAGAGCACUGGACAGCUCUGAUGACAAUAGAAAUGACAGAUCAGGGGCUUCACACAUCCUGCAACAGUACCUUACAGCGGCAUCACGGAAGAAGUUGCUAAAAAGCGUAAAUUCAAGCUCAGCUGUCAUCCUGUUGGAACCCAUGGAGACGCCUCUGACACGGUUUCUGUCGAGCUUCCCAGAUCUCAGUGAACUGUUCAGCCCUCCUGUUAGUGAACUCAUGUCAGCUGUUCUUGACACUCCACUCAAUGGUUUGGGGAUGAUUCCACUGACCAGCACCAUUGAGGGUCUGAAAAUGCCAAAGAGCUACCAAGGUGCCCUUAACACAGUGGUCAAUGCUUGCAGAGGAGAUAUGGAUGGUUGUGCCGUUAUUCUUGUGUGUGGGACCAAGAACGUGGGCAAGUCGACAUUUAUCAGGCUCCUCAUCAAUACCUUAUUGAAUCACACUGCUAGUGUAGACUACUUGGAGGGUGACCUUGGUCAAACAGAGUUCACUCCUGCUGGUUGCCUCUCUUUGUCGACAGUCACAGAACCACUUUUGGGUCCUCCUUUCACGCACCAGCACACCACAGAGCACAUGAUCUACUAUGGUCAGUCAUCAUGCGAGUCAGACUUGGACCGCUACUUGGAAUCUCUUAAGUCCUUGUGGCAUAGACGCUGCCAGAGCCGAGAGACUCCCGUCGUCAUCAACACCAUGGGCUGGGUCAAAGGAUUUGGAUUCCAGCUGCUGGUGGACAUGAUCCGCUUCUUCCCGGUCUCACAUGUCGUCCAGCUCAGCCAUGGCGGUGUCACUCAGUGUCCUGCCCUCACUCCAGAGUUUCUGAGGACGGCACACGGAUGUCAGACGCACCCACCUGCCCAGACUGCCCUGGAUGAGUUUACAGAGAGCCACAGUCCCCCCAGAAGCUACUCUCACCUUGCUGUACAAUCAGAGUUUCAAGGAGUGGGGCGCCAAGGAACAGCGAAGCACCAGCGCACUAAUGAGCACAGAGAGCUGUCCAUGCUGGCCUACCUGAGUAAGCUGCAGUCUUCUGACCCUGGACCAGUUAGACCUCUACACAGCCUCACCCCAUACCAGGUGCCUAAUACAGCGGUGGCUUUAGGUGUGAUCCACUGUGAGGUGGUGCCCACUCACAUGCUUUAUGCUGCCAAUGCCAGUCUGGUGGGACUCUGCUGUCUGUCAGAGAAAGUAGCCAGCAGGGGAGGACCAGUCCUGCUGUCCCAGGCCCCGAUCUGCCCAUGUGUGGGCUUAGGUGUGCUUCGAGGCAUCGACAUGGCUCGAGGUCUGUACUAUGUUCUGACACCUGUAGAUCCCUCCGUCCUUCGGAAGGUCAACUGCCUCCUCUUGGGAGCCAUUUCAUUGCCUUCAUGUAUCCUCACAUCACAGCCUGGCGUUGAAGGGGAGAUGCCCUAUGUCACUACAAACUACAGUUUUGAUCUCACGGGUGCAGGAAAGCUGCGAGUUUUUAAGGGAAUGAUGAGGCCCAGUCAGAUGGGGAUGCAGUGACAUUUUCUCUGCCGCAUUGCUUUAUUGCCCUUUACAUUUCUUGACUGGUGUCUUACACCAAACCCGUCAGCACUGGCCUUUGAAUGUACAGAACUGAGGUUGAGGUGGGACAGUUUUUUUUUGUUUUUUUUUUAUGAUUCAGACUCUCAGACGGCUGCCAUCCUCUGCCUGGACUUUUUGUUUGUUUGUUUUAAACCCUGAGUGUUCUCGCCAAGUCUUACAACCUGCUACUGUACGUACAUUUAGUGGCUCUGUGAAGGAGUUUCUCAGUUUCCCAGUUUCCACAUGGACAGUAAUAUAUAACAAUUCCUUGUAGUUGAAACGCUUGUGUGAUGUCUCUUCUUUGUAGGUGACAUUCCAUAGCUAAAUAUCUCCCAGAUAUUAAAUGAAAAACUACUUUUGUUCAGACUUUGUGUUCCUUGCCUUCAGUUGUUUUUUGGGCUCAGUGUUACUGGUGAUUGUUUCAUACAAUCUUGUAUCCAUGUAGGUGUCCAGCAGGUCAUUUUAAUCUAUCACGGUAUGCAGUGAGAUCCCUUCAUCUAUGACAAAUGUAAUAUUGGAUAAACUGUCCACUGCCAACACUUUCCACGUUGUUUAUGCUUACAGCCAUUAGUUAGGUAAAGAAGUGCAAGUCGGAGUUAAGGAGGGAUCUUUCACGUGACAUUUUCUGUGAAUCGGGUGAAUUUACAAAAAAAACAACACCCAUUUUGUCAGUAUUGUUUGUAUGCCAGUCAAAGACUUGAGAAAUGUCUCCAUUUUUACUGCUGUAUAUCUCUGCUUUGCCUCUGUUAAAGGGACACUGUUGUGUUUCUGCACUUAAAGGCCAUUCAGGGGGUUUUGUUUACGAUUUCUUAUGUGGCUAUAAAAGAUAAAAAUAAAGAUCUUGUUUCUAGA